AUGACACUGAAAUUUCUACUAGCCAGUGUUUUUUUAUUUGAAAGAAGGAAUCAGAGGGAAGAAUCAGUUAUUGCUUUCUCUGGGCCCCAGAGAGGGGAGCACGGAGAAGGGAUCCCUGGGUCCUGGGUCCUGGGUCCUGGGUCCUGGGUCCUGGGUCCUGGGUCCUGGGUCCUGGGUCCUGGGUCCUGGGUCCUGGGUCCUGGGUCCUGGGUCCUGGGUCCUGGGUCCUGGGUCCUGGGUCCUGGCCUAGAUUUUACUAGGUCAGAAAUUCUUGCGAAAUUCACUAAAUAUUGCGAGAAAAAAUCGAUAGGUCUUCCCCUGCACGACUGUCCUCUUCGCAAAUUUUACAAGAAUUUGCUGCCGGUUCCUUCAAACUCGGAGAAAUUCUUGCGAAAUUCACUAAAAAACUCUGGAGAGAAUUGA